CCUAGGAUGGGACCGAUUCUCAAACUCCUUGCUGGAUUUAUGCUGCUGAGUUUCUGUGUGAUGGGCUGCUCCAGCCAACAUUGGUCAUAUGGAUUGCGCCCUGGAGGAAAAAGAAAUGCUGAAGACUUGAUUGAUUCUUUCCAAGAGGUAGCCAAGGACAUUGAAAAACUUGCAGAACGUCAGCAAUUUGAAUGCACUGUGCACCAACCACGCUCUCCCCUCAGGGACCUGAAAGGAGCUCUGGAAAGUCUGAUUGAAGAGGAAACUGGGCAGAAGAAAACUUAA